AUUACCAUGUUAAAUGUAAAUGGCUUAAUAUAUUUUAAUUGUUACAUAAAGACACGGAUUAUUGGAAAUUCUCAAUCGACGAGAUGAUUGAAUACGACUUCCCGGCGCUCAUCGAUCACAUACUCAGCGCAACCAAACAUAAGACCCUGAGCUAUAUCGGUCACAGUCAGGGUACGAUCAUGAUGUUUGGUCUGUUGGCCUCUAAACUCCAGUACAACGACAUAAUAAAGCCAUUCAUAGCCCUGAGUCCAGUCUCAUUCCUGGGCCACUCGACUACACCGCUUAUAUACAUGACAUAUUUUGAACGUCUCUACCGUUCAUAUCCAACCUCGCUUUUACAUCUGGGUAAAGUGCAACAAUUUUACGCCCAGUUGUGUGAAAAUUAUUAUAUGCAAGGCUUUUGUCAGAAAAUUUUUUACGCCAUAAUGGGUUUUGGUGCACAUCAUAUGGAUUAUUCUAGAAUCGGUUCAUUCCUGGCUACCAUCCCAUCGGGGUCGGGCACGUGGGCGGGCACUCAUUUGCUACAAAAACUCAUUACAAAAAGGCCUACAAAAUUUGAUUUCGGAGAGUCCGGUAAUAUUGUCCGGUAUGGCCAACCGGUGCCGCCCGAGUACGACCUCUCGGCCAUUAACUCCACAAACAUAGCGCUGAUAUACGCGGCCAACGAUUGGCUCAACGAUAUCAAAGACAUUGCCGUACUUAAGGGUACACUAAAAGUGAAAUUACUGGAUGAUUAUUUAGUGCCGGACCCGACGUGGAAUCACAUGGAGCUGAUGUGGGCCCGGGAUGUCGGCAAAUAUGUCAACACUAGGAUAAUCGNGAUGUGGGCCCGGGAUGUCGGCAAAUAUGUCAACACUAGGAUAAUCGACAUUUUGGAUAAAUGU